AUGAGUUCCUUGAAGCAAUUCAUUCGCAACGUUCGUGCCGCCAAGACCAUCGCUGACGAGCGAGCCGUCAUCCAGAAGGAGAGCGCAUCCAUCCGAGCAAGCUUCAGAGAAGAGAGCGGAGACCACAGCGUGAGACGGAACAAUGUUGCCAAGCUCCUUUACCUCUUCACCCUCGGCGAGAGAACACAUUUUGGUCAGAUCGAGUGUUUGAAGCUGCUGGCCUCGCCCAGGUUCGCCGAUAAACGCCUGGGGCAUCUGGCCACGAGUUUGUUGCUGGACGAGAACCAGGAAGUUCUAACGCUCGUGACGAACUCCCUUCAGAACGACCUCGCCCACUCGAACCAGUAUGUCGUCGGCUUGGCCCUCUGCACCCUUGGUAACAUUGCCUCCAUCGAAAUGUCUCGAGAUCUGUUUCAGCAAGUCGAAUCCUGCAUCAACACGUCAAACCCUUAUAUCCGGAGAAAGGCAGCACUUUGCGCCAUGCGGAUAUGUCGCAAGGUCCCGGACCUGCAGGAACACUUUGUGGACAAAGUCAGCAACCUCCUGGCCGAUCGUAACCACGGGGUUCAAUUGUGCGGCCUCACGUUAGCCACAAGCUUGUGCGAAGCCGACGAGGAGGAAGGCGGGGAGGAAGGUGUUGUUGAGAAGUUCAAGAUGUUUGUGCCGAAUCUGGUCAAGACCCUGAAAGCGCUUGCGACCUCUGGUUACACCCCUGAACACGACGUCACAGGCAUCAGCGAUCCUUUUGUGCAAGUCAAGAUCCUUCGCCUGCUGAGGGUCUUGGCGAUUGGCGACGCGCGGGUCAGCGAGCAGAUCAACGACAUUUUGGCACAGGUCGCGACAAACACAGACUCGUCCAAGAACGUCGGAAACUCGAUUCUAUAUGAGGCCGUGCUUACGAUUCUCGAUAUCGAGGCGGAUUCCGGUCUCCGCGUGCUUGGUGUCAACAUUCUGGGCAAGUUCCUAUCCAACCGGGACAACAACAUCCGCUACGUCGCUCUCAAUACUCUCAUCAAGGUGGUCGCCAUCGAGCCGAACGCUGUUCAGAGACAUCGCAACACGAUCUUGGAGUGCCUGAGAGAUCCGGAUAUCAGUAUCAGGAGACGUGCGCUUGAACUAAGUUUUACACUCAUCAACGAGAGCAACGUGCGGGUUCUCAUCCGGGAACUGCUCGCAUUUCUGGAAGUGGCUGACAACGAGUUCAAGCCGACAAUGACCAGCCAAAUUGGUAUUGCCGCAGACAAGUUCGCACCGAACAAGCGUUGGCAUGUCGACACUAUGCUCCGGGUUCUCACACUCGCUGGGAAUUACGUCAAGGAGCCUAUCAUGUCUUCUUUUAUUCGACUAGUCGCCACUACUCCUGAACUGCAGACAUAUGCGGUUCAGAAGCUUUACAUUAGUUUAAAGAAGGAUAUCACGCAAGAGAGUCUUACCCAAGCUGGAGCCUGGUGCAUCGGCGAGUAUGGAGACGCUCUGCUGAGAGGCGGUCAGUACGAAGAAGAAGAACUCGUACGGGAGAUCAAGGAGCACGAGCUCAUUGACCUGUUCACGACUAUACUCAACAGCAACCACGCAACCCAGGUUUCCACCGAGUAUAUUGUCACGGCGCUCGUCAAGUUGACGACGAGACUGGCGGAUCCUGCGCAAAUUGACCGGAUCCGUCAACUUCUCAAGGUUCACCAGACGAGUUUGGACGUUGAGGUCCAGCAAAGAGCCGUCGAGUACAGCAACCUAUUUUCUUACGACCAGAUUCGCGCAGGUGUCCUCGAGAAGAUGCCGCCUCCUCAAAUCAAGGAGGAAUCCCGUGUAUUGGGUGCAGCGACUACGACUAAGAAGGCCAAGGCUGCGAACAGGAAGUCCAGGGUUAUCAAACCCACUGAGCAGGACCUGCUUUUCGAUCUUAUGGACACUCCGCCGACGACAACACCGGCUGCCAGCGGAGCCUCCAACACCGAUCUUCUGGCGGAUAUUCUUGGCGGCACCUCUUCGCCGCCCCCUACCUCAGCCUCUCCUGCACCUCAACAGUCCAAUACUGCUUCGAUCAUGGACCUUUUCUCCCAGGAUUCUGCUCAGUCAGUGGCCUCUCCAAUUUCGGCCAUGGGUGGUUCGAACUUGGAUUUGAUGUCUUCCAUGUCCGCUGUAGCAAAUCCUCCACCCCAGACGCAACCUACUCCGCAGGUCCCAGCAGGUCUUCCUGUCUACGACAACAACGGCUUGGGUCUCGGAUUUCAGAUUCAACGCAACGCUGAGGGCCUGGUCCAGGUAAUUGGUCGAUUCAAGAACGUCGGGCCUGCGUCUCUUUCGAACGUAGGGAUGCAGGCCGCUGUGCCCAAGACGCAGAAGCUCCAGCUCAUGGCCAUUUCAAGCACGGAUGUUGGACCUGGCGCCGAGGCUACCCAGAGAAUGAUUGUUUCUGGGGCAAAGGGACCGCUGCGGUUACGCUUGAGGAUCGGAUACACCCAUCCGGCUGCUGGUGAAGUCAUGGACCAAGUCAACUGGACCGAGCCAUCUUAG